AAAAUAAAUUUUUAUCUGUCGUUUUGGACAGUGGCGUUUGAUCAGGAUUGUGUUUUAGUGAAUAUUACUUAAAUUAUGGCCCAAAAUGUUAAUCCUUCUUAUGAACAACAACCCAGCAGUGUUAAACAAAGCGACGAGAGUAAUAGAUUUACUACAGAUAACCACGCAGUCACGAAAAGAUUACAUAAAGAAUUGAUGACUUUAAUGAUGUCUCAAGACAAAAGCGUUUCAGCUUUUCCUGAAGGCGAUAAUUUAUUUAAAUGGAUUGGAACUAUAAUGGGCCCUAAAGACACGGUUUAUGACAAUCAAAAAUACAAACUCAGUUUACAAUUUCCACAAGCCUAUCCUUAUUCAGCCCCUUUAGUAAAAUUUAUCACACCUUGCUUUCAUCCCAAUGUAGACAACAGCGGUAACAUUUGUUUGGACAUUCUCAAGGAUAAAUGGUCGGCAUUGUACGAUGUACGGACAAUAUUGUUAUCAAUACAAGCUCUUCUUGGUGAACCCAACAUUAGUAGUCCACUUAAUUCGACCGCAGCAGAAUUAUGGAAAAAACAGGCGCAGUACAAGAAACAUGUGGAUGAUACUUAUAAAGAGGUUUAAAUCAAAUAAUUAGGAUUGUAAUUUUUUUUUUAUUUAUAAACGACGAUUUUAACGAUUCUUUUUAAUUAAUUUUGUUUUUUUGGGUUGUAUUAUUUUUUUUUGCUCAGCACCACUGUGUUCAAUUAGUUCAGUAUAUGUUUAUUAAUGUGACAAUGUUUCAAGAAGAAUGAUUUUGAAGUGUUUAUUCUUUGGUAUGGUGGGUGCGAUUUAUACAGAUUUUUUUUUUCAAUAAAAAUAAAGAAAUUAAUUAUAA